CUUAAUUAAAAUAAAAUGCUUGAAAAUAAAGCUACAAAUGUCGCUUAGUUUAAUUAUGAUCAUAGACUUCGACAAACGUAUGAAUUUUAUCAAACAUAAAUACAGAUCAAAAUGCCACGACGAAAUCACGAUGAUUACUACUACAAAGUCGAGAGGGUCACAUUUAGCGACGACGACGACUCUGCUCGUCGUCGCCGUCGCGUUCUUUGAUUUGUCGAGGGCAAUAGAGAAGUAUCCGAGAGGUAUUCCCAUGGACGAUCGUUACCUCCAAGAGUAGGGGUGGGCAUUCGGUCGGUUCGGUUUGAACCGAACCGAAAUGGUAUGUACCGACUUUCCGAAGUUUCCCACACCCUAACCGAAUUAUUUCGGUUUGGUUUGAACUGAAAUAUAUAUCGGUUCGGCUCGUUUUUUUUUUUCAUAAACCAAAAAACUCCCCACACAUAUAUUCUGCCAUCCCCACUUCCCCCUCUCUCUUUCUCAAACAACUUCUUCUUCUUUUUUUUUACAAAUCUCUCUCUCCCCCCAACAAACAAAGCCUCUCUCUCUCUCAUUCUUCUUCUUCUUUACGGGAGAUCUCUCUCCCCCCAUUUCUUCCUAACCUCUGGCCCUCUCAUUCUCCACCUUCCUUUACUUCCCCAUCCCACCACCGCCAUGAAACCACAACCUCAUUUUCGCCCAUCUCCAUCUCGAACCAGUAGAGCAAAAGAAAAUCAGUCGCACUGUCGCCAAUCUCCCUCUAUGCUUCCUGAUUUCAACUAAGGUAAGUCAUUUUUGGAUUGCAUGUCAGUUUUAGAGAUCUGAUUUUGACUUAGGAGAUGUUCAGAAAUCUUACCCAUCACUUGUUUUAUAUUUUGAAUCCUUUCGACAUUCUGACCUUUGUUUUAUUUUUUUAUUUUUUGGUGUGGCUGAGGAGUAAGAGGGUUGUGGCGAUGCCGAUCUGCUUAGAAGAGGACUACAGGUGGUGACAAGGUGUGGAGUUGGAGACGGACGUGCAGGCGACCUGAUCCGAGAAGCAAAACAAGAGAGGAAGAAGUAAGAAGAGCAGCAGAUCGAGAUAUGAAUCAUCUCAAAUCUGAUGUCCAAGGCCAAGGGGGAAGAAGACUGGUUUUUAUUUUUUAUUUAUUUUCCUUUUCCUAGGGUUAUUUGGUAGAUCUGGAAGAAGGGAGAUAGAGAGAACGAGAGGGCUAGAUCGAGUCUUUUUUAUGCGGGUGGGCUGGACUUGGGAAGUAUUUUUAUUGGGCUGUGGGAGACUCAGAAUGGGCUUGAGAACACGGGCCAUGGGACUAAUUUGUUUAAAUUCGAAACUCGGUUAGGAAUUCGGAAACUCGGUUCGGUUGAGAUGGGUCUGGUUUCCAAAUUAUGGUUAUUUCCCUUCCGAAUUCCGAACCGAUAACAUGUCUUCGGUUUUGGUUUGAACUCGGUUCGGUCCGGUUCGGGUUUACCGAAUCGGAUGCCCACCCCUAUCCAAGAGUAUAUGGAGCUGGCGCAGUUUGGGCUGACGGCGGAGAACAAGAGGAGACCAAACGCCGAGUCGCUGAAAAUGGUGAGUCUGGACAAAGGAGGCACCGAGCCUGGUUUGGACUCAACGACUUUUGUUUUCUACAUCACCGUCUUCUCCACUCGCCAUGGCAAAGCCACUUACUUGGAACGGGUUGUAGAGGGGAUUGGUGGCCGUUAUCUUGAGUCUUUCACUCAGGUUUGGUAAUAUAAGUCAAGACCAAAACAAGGGUGAAAACUUCUAAUGAUGGUGAUAUAGUGUUUUUAAGAAAAAUAAAAUAUUGUACUGGUUGCGUGAACUUACCGUACGUUUCCAAUUCAAAUUGAAUUGAAUUUACGAUAUGUUUAAGUAUCAGAGACCUCCUUAGGGACACUACAAAUUGUACGAUGUUGAGAUUCUCGGACUUGACAAAAUCGGACCGCAGUGCGUUAUUAGAGCUUCUCCAACAAUGCAAUCCUUCUUCACUUUCAAGUGUGGUCCCGUACUGCCACCUAAGCAACUCUAGCAAUUACUUCACUCUUCAAUUUCAUACUAGCUACAUCAAUGUCAUUCCAAAUGCAAUUGCACUUCUGGGUCCCACUUACAUGUUAAUACCACACAAAUGGUUAGGAAAAGAAGAAAGAAAGACAAAAACAAACAAAAGGACCCGCUUGCAAUUGCAUGUGAGAUUUUCAUGGUGUGCAAAUUUUCAUCCCUUGAAAGUGGUCUUGCAUCAAUGUCAUCCACUUUUUCAAUCGCACAUGGCUGCCACCUCAGCUUGCAACUCCCUCCAUUUGCACCAUUAGCGGCGGCGGAUCUAGGGGUGCCGCCCCUGGGCCACGAUCCAGCCAUUCCCGGAUUCAAAGCUCGUAUAAUACUUGUAAAUUUUUGAUUUUGGGUAUAUAUUUAAAUGUUUAUAGGGUUACGGCCCAACCAUCUCCAUCACUUUUUAAAUGCGGCUUAUGGGCCGUUUACUUGCCAUUCCAUUUCUGUUAGCUGCCACAACAGAAAACAAAAUUAAAAUGAAAACGAAGCUGACCAUUUCCUGGAAAACAAAACCUGAAAAAACCUUGUUUAGCUGAGAAUUUUGGUGAGUUCUGAAACUGAGUUCUGAAAAGAAAACAUGUUUAGUUGCUUCAUUCUGUUUUCUGAUUCUUGAUUAUCAUACAACCCUAGCCAUGAUUAUAAUUUUUAAUUCGAAUUAAAUAGUUUUUAAACUAAUAAACACAAUACAAGUACAACAUCUUAUAUUAAUUAAGUACUAGUACAACAUAAAAAUUCAAAUAAGUCCAGCUUGAAAGUCAUCCCACAACUUGUUUGCUAUUCCAUCUCGUCGUGCAUCCAUCGCUCGAGUUUGGCUUGAACUAUGAUUAUAUGCUUCUCGUUCUUGUCCUCCUUGCACUCCAUUGGCAUUCUCCCCCGUGCAAUAAUUUUGCCCACCAUGUUGCUUCAAUUCCUCACACAAACCGAUAAGUGGUGAAGUUGUAGGGAAAUCAACUUUGCAUUUUCAUGAAAGAGUGUCAAUGGCAACUUAAUAUCAACAAGCUCCACUGUCGAAGUGGCUGACAAAUAUCAAAGAAAGAGAGACAUUACUAGUGAUUAAAAAAAAGAUUCAAUAUACUAGCUUAAUAGACAUGCUAUGGGUUCAUGAUAAAAGAAAGAAGUAGGCAUCAAGUUAUUAGAUUAGAUUGGAAGUAACGUGCAGGGUAAAAGGUUAAAAGAGGAAGAAGUUAUCUCAAGAUUUAUAUUUUGCACAAUGAAUGGAGUAAUCCUUAGAGCCCAACUAUGUAACAAGUGUUCAGAGUAAAUUUUCACUUAAGCAUCAUACAUUUUAUCACUUGGACAGGGAAAAGAACAACAUGUGCAUUAUUGUCAAAAAUGAACUUAGAAUUAUGUAAGAAACUCCACGGGAAGAAAUAAGACUUCACCUUCAAGAUAGAGUGACGGAAAUAAUCCAUAUGGCGAAAUAACAACUGGUCCAAUCGGUGGAGUUUUCCCAUCCUGUAAAACCAAAACAAAAAUAAGCAUAACAUUGACUG